CAGAGUUAUAAGUCUCGGUCCUCGUGAUUUUCACAAGUCUCUGCCUAUAUUAAUAGAGCAUGCAACACAAGAAGAAGAAAAGAGCAGCAACAAUGGAGAUCAUCAGUAACGAGAAAAAGAAACUCUCGAGACAAUCUUCUUCCUUCCGGCUACGAAGUCCCAGUCUAAACACUCUUCGUCUCCACCGUAUCUUCGACCUAUUCGACAAAAACAACGACGGAUUCAUCACGGUCGAAGAACUGAGUCAAGCCCUCUCACGACUUGGUCUCGAUGCCGACAUCUGCGAGCUCAAACCAACCAUCGAAUCUUUCAUCAAACCUGACGAGACCGGACUCCGGUUCGACGGUUUCGAAGCACUCCACAAAACACUAGACGAAUCCUUCUUCGGAGGAGACUGCGAGUGCGACGGAUCUCCGGAUUCGGAUCUGGAAGAAGCUUUCAACGUGUUUGAUGAAGACGGUGAUGGGUAUAUAUCUCCCGAGGAACUUCAGAAGGUUUUGAAGAAGUUAGGGCUUCCAGAAGCAGGAGAGAUUGAACACGUGGAGAAGAUGAUUGUCUCUGUUGAUAGCAAUCACGACGGUCGCGUUGACUUUUUUGAGUUCAAGAACAUGAUGCAAACUGUUCUUGUCCCUUCCUCUUGAAUCUUCAGUUAAACUUUCUCGUUUGGUUUCUUUCUUUGAAUGCAGAACAAUUUCAAGAUAAAAUCUUGUGUAUGUUUGAUUACAAGAAAAUC